AUGGAUAAAAAGGAGGAAAAGAAAAAAAAGCGGAAAAAGGAAAAGGAAAAGGAGAAGGAAAAAGGGCCUAGUUACUUUUCGGACACUGUCACGUUCUGCGGCACGAUCGUCCGGGACUCCAUGUCUAGCGCAGCGGAAGCGAUACAGAACAACUAUUACCCGAUUAAGGAGUCCAUUCUGAACAUGUACGAUAGCUACUUUUGCGACACGUCUCAACAGAGCAGUAGGAGGGUGAAUGGCGGGGUCCCCUUCUUCACCGUCAAUCAGGACAAUUCGAAGAAAAAGUAG